UCUCCACUCGUCUCUUUGCUGUCCUGAGAUUCGAAAGUGUUAUCCAUGAGUUCGAUCCGUAUUUUAAUUAUCGGACUACCCGGUUCCUGGCUGAGGAGGGAUUUUAUAAAUUCCAUAACUGGUUUGAUGACCGGGCUUGGUACCCUUUGGGACGAAUCAUUGGAGGAACAAUUUAUCCAGGCUUAAUGAUCACCUCUGCUGCAAUCUACCAUGUUCUCCAUUUUUUCCACAUCACCAUCGACAUUCGGAAUGUCUGUGUGUUCCUGGCCCCACUCUUCUCUUCCUUCACCACCAUCGUCACGUACCACCUUACCAAAGAGCUCAAGGAUGCAGGGGCUGGACUUCUUGCUGCUGCCAUGAUUGCUGUAGUUCCUGGAUAUAUCUCCCGAUCUGUGGCUGGUUCCUAUGAUAAUGAAGGGAUUGCCAUCUUUUGCAUGCUCCUCACCUACUACAUGUGGAUCAAGGCAGUGAAGACUGGUUCYAUCUAUUGGGCAGCCAAGUGUGCUCUUGCGUAUUUCUACAUGGUUUCCUCAUGGGGAGGUUAUGUGUUCCUGAUCAACUUGAUUCCUCUUCAUGUUCUGGUGCUGAUGCUCACAGGCCGUUUCUCCCACCGGAUUUAUGUGGCCUAUUGCACAGUUUACURCCUGGGCACCAUUCUUUCCAUGCAGAUCUCCUUUGUGGGUUUCCAGCCUGUCCUUUCAUCAGAGCACAUGGCAGCCUUUGGAGUCUUUGGUCUUUGCCAGAUCCAUGCCUUUGUGGAUUACCUGCGCAGCAAAUUAAAUCCACAGCAAUUUGAAGUUCUUUUCCGUAGUGUCAUAUCCCUGGUAGGCUUUGUCCUACUCACUGUGGGAGCUCUCCUCAUGCUGACAGGAAAAAUAUCUCCAUGGACGGGGCGUUUCUACUCACUGCUGGAUCCUUCUUAUGCUAAGAACAACAUCCCCAUCAUUGCUUCUGUGUCCGAGCAUCAGCCCACAACCUGGUCUUCCUACUAUUUUGAUCUGCAGCUCCUCGUUUUCAUGUUUCCAGUUGGUCUCUAUUACUGCUUUAGCAACCUGUCUGAUGCCCGGAUUUUUAUCAUCAUGUAUGGUGUGACCAGCAUGUACUUUUCAGCUGUAAUGGUACGUCUAAUGUUGGUGUUAGCACCUGUUAUGUGCAUUCUUUCUGGCAUUGGAGUCUCUCAGGUGCUGUCCACAUAUAUGAAGAAUCUGGACAUAAGUCGCCCAGACAAGAAAAGCAAGAAGCAACAGGAUUCUACUUACCCUAUUAAGAAUGAAGUGGCAAGUGGGAUGAUAUUGGUCAUGGCUUUUUUUCUCAUCACCUACACCUUUCAUUCAACCUGGGUGACCAGCGAGGCCUAUUCUUCUCCUUCCAUUGUAUUGUCUGCCCGUGGUGGGGAUGGCAGUAGGAUCAUUUUUGAUGACUUCCGAGAAGCAUAUUAUUGGCUUCGUCACAAUACUCCAGAGGAUGCAAAGGUCAUGUCAUGGUGGGAUUAUGGCUACCAGAUUACAGCUAUGGCAAACAGGACAAUUUUAGUGGACAAUAAUACAUGGAAUAAUACCCAUAUUUCUCGAGUAGGGCAGGCAAUGGCAUCAUCUGAAGAAAAAGCCUAUGAGAUCAUGARGGAGCUUGAUGUCAGCUAUGUGCUUGUCAUUUUUGGAGGCCUUACUGGGUAUUCCUCUGAUGAUAUCAACAAGUUUCUUUGGAUGGUUCGGAUUGGAGGGAGCACAGACACAGGCAAACAUAUCAAGGAGAAUGACUAUUAUACUCCAACUGGGGAAUUCCGUGUGGACCGUGAGGGUUCUCCAGUGCUGCUCAACUGCCUUAUGUACAAGAUGUGUUACUACCGCUUUGGGCAGGUCUACACAGAAGCCAAACGCCCACCAGGCUUUGACCGUGUCCGAAAUGCUGAGAUUGGUAAUAAAGACUUUGAGCUUGAUGUCCUGGAGGAAGCAUAUACCACAGAACAUUGGCUGGUCAGGAUAUACAAGGUAAAGGACCUGGAUAAUCGAGGCCUGUCAAGGACGUAAAUGUCACAUCCAGCUAUGAUACGCUUUGCACUGAGCGCCUCAUAUUUAGAAUGUUGAAGAUUUUUUUUUUAUAUGCAGUUUAUAAGAACAGAGCCGGAUGGCAUUAGAAUCGUCUGGAAGUUUUGCCCUGGACAGUAUGGGCUGGGCCAAAAUGGAAUGAUUUUUAUAAUUCUGAGCAGGUUACCAAAUGAAAUGUCACGGAUUUACUUUGGUCAAUUAAAGGGGGGAAUUUUUUU